UGUUGCAGGGGAAGCAUAGAAAGCUUGCCCCAAACUAGUUACACUCAGCAUCCCGCAGAGGUACUGUCCUCACGGCCUUCCUUCCUAGGUUCCGUGUUUCUGUUAUUUCGAUCGGAGUGAGGACCGUAGAGACCACUGUUCAGUAAAAGUUUCGCAACAAUGGCGCGAAGUUCUCAGGAAUCGGAGUGGGAAACGCCCUUCACAUUCUCUUUUUUGCGUCAAAACCCUAGCUCUGCUGUUACUGAGAAAACCGUAUCAUAUUCGGAAAAGCCUGUUCCCACACUUCCUCCUUGUACAGAAGUUAUUUUCACAGAGGUUGCCCCAUCUGUGAAAUAUGCCACUGAGCCUGUUAAUCUGAAUGAAGGGAUUACUUUGCUUAAGGGUCGAGUGAGUACUUCUGAUGUUUUUGGUGCAUCCAACUCAGACUUGAUACCUGGGAAGUAUGAAGGGGGCUUAAAGCUCUGGGAAUGUUCACUUGAUCUGAUUAAAUCUCUGGCUCUGGAGAUUCAGAAUGGGCAGUUAUCACUUGAAGAGAAGAAAGUAUUAGAGAUUGGAUGCGGCCAUGGACUUCCAGGAAUCUUUACAUACCUUAAGGGUGCAGCUACAGUUCAUUUCCAGGACUUCAAUGCCGAGGUCCUGCAAUGCCUUACUAUACCUAAUGUUAAAGCAAAUCUUUCGUCAACACCAAGCAACCAAUGUACUUCAUCUGGAAUUGACCGUGAUGCAUACUUAACAACUGAUGUUCGUUUCUUCUCUGGUGACUGGAGUGAGGUACAUAAUCUGCUCUCUGUUGCACGUGAUGCAGAGCUCUUUGGAACACGGGAUUCCAGUCUCAAGCAGGAAUCUUCUGGUGGUUAUGACAUCAUUCUAAUGGCAGAGACUGUAUAUUCACUUUCCUCUCUGCAGAAGCUGUAUAAUCUUAUCAAAAUGUGCUUAUGCUGGCCAAAUGGGCUUGUUUAUUUGGCCGCAAAGAAGCAUUAUUUUGGAGUAGGUGGUGGAACAAGACAGUUCAGAUCCAUCGUGGACCAUGAUGGUGUCCUGGUAGCCUCUCUGGUUAUGGAAGUUGCAGAUGGAGCAUCAAAUGUUCGAGAGGUGUGGAAGUUCUCUUUUAAGUAGAUCUGGCCAUGUUGAAGUAAGAAAGAUGAAGUUUUGCACUUUGAGGAACGGCGAACUGUGUUCAUGUUAUUCUGUACCAUUGAAACCCUUGGCAGCAUUGAUAAACAAGACUUGCAUCUACAAUUGCAUGAGUCAUUGAUAUAUUUUUCAUUCUGUCGGUGAAUUGAGAUUUGAACUUUCACCCAUGUGCUCAAUCUCUAAGCCAGGAGGCUGAACUGCUUAAAUAUUGGCAGUUCCUUUUUAGUUAUUCAUUUAUAUACUUGCACAGAUUAUUCCUCAUCUUAAUGAUAUGCUCAUAUUGUUUUGCAUUUUAUUCCCGAGAAAAAGUGGAGAACAUGCAGCUUAUGUGGUAUAGCUAAGUAUAUCCCACAACCGAGCAGUACUUCAUUAAUAAUCCUUCAAUGCAUCGUAAAUUGCAAAUUGUAGCUUAAGCUUAACUGCCUAUUUUAUACAUC